CAUUUACAUUCAUUUUCCUACCCGUUAAAGCGCAACCAGUGCUCCGUAAGCCGAUUCUCUACGCUAUCGGAUUUACCUUGCAAUAUAUCCUCCGUCCUAUCCUCGGCCACGGGUUCGCUAUUUGUUCCGAUACUAUUGACUUCUGCACUUGCGGGUGAACAUCCCGAGGAGCGGUCAAAAUAGAUCGUUCAGGGUGCCCUGGAAUCUGUGGCCCGCAGGCCGCGACCACAGCAACCCUGUCUUUCUCAAGCUUCCGAAAUUCAUUUACUUCCAAUGUCAAUUACCUGAAAAGAAGCUCAGCGGAGGCGUUGCGCAGAUUCAGUUCGGGAGACCUGCAGUCCGAGUGCGAUGAAGGCGAGGUGGAUCCUUACACCGGCCGACCGGCCACCACUAGCCAGCCCAAGCCGCAGAAUCAGAGGCCGGCCUCCCAGGCCACGGGCGGCAGUAUGGGCAGCGGGUCAGCACCACCAGCUCCAAGCGCCGGUAGCGCUGGUGCUAGCGCCGGUUCUGGCGGUGAUCUCUCCUUAAAUCUUCGCGGCGGAUCGCGAGGCACAUCCGCACCAUCUUCCCCGGCCAAGUCAAGGGAGUCACUACUGCAGCGCGUGCAGUCGCUUACAGGCGCUGCACGUGAUCAAGGAGCUAAUUUGUUAGGAAGCGUGACAUCUGUAGCUUCGGUUGGCCGCGGCUAUAACCGCGACCGGUGUGUCACGCUACUAGUCGUUGACGAUCAAAAUACCGAUUGGUCAAAGUACUUCCGCGGGCGCCGCUUGCCUGGCGAGUGGGAUAUCCGCGUGGAACAGGCUGAAUUCCGUGAAUUGUCUGUGACGGCGAGUUCCGAUGGAGCAAAUGUGUCUAUGGCGGUCUACCGCAGCGGAACUAAAGUAACUCGUUGCUUUAAGCCGGACUUCGUGCUGGUGCGACAGAACGUCCGCGACGCUGGCGCUGACCACCGAGCACUGCUACUUGGUCUGAAGUUCGGCGGAGUGCCUUCUAUUAACAGUCUUAAUUCCAUCUAUCAUUUCCAGGAUCGACCUUGGGUGUUCGGACAUUUGCUCCAGUUGCAACGGCGUCUUGGCAGAGAAAAUUUUCCUCUUAUUGAGCAGACCUACUAUCAUAACCACACAGAUAUGGUAACGGCGCCGAAGUUUCCAGUGGUGAUCAAGAUCGGGCACGCGCACAGCGGCGUGGCCAAGGUGAAAGUGGACUCUUUGGCCGACUUCCAGGAUAUAGCAGGUGUAGUCGCUAUGUUGGGAACGUACUGCACCGUGGAGCCAUAUAUCGACGCUAAGUAUGACAUCCACAUUCAAAAAAUUGGUACCAACUACAAGGCAUUCAUGCGCAAAUCUAUAUCCGGUAAUUGGAAAACUAAUCAAGGAUCAGCAAUGCUUGAAGCUAUUGGCAUGAACGAUAGAUACAAAAUGUGGAUCGAUGAGGUGAGCGAGAUAUUUGGAGGCCUUGAAGUUUGCGCCUUGGAGCUGGUCGUCGGAAAGGACGGUCGGGAACAUAUCAUUGAGCUCAAUGAUUCAGCCACUUCCUUUAUGGGAGAUACUCAAGAAGAGGACCGGCGUUAUCUUUCAGAACUUGUCUUCCAACGGAUGCAGUCGGUUUGCCGACCUGGCAUUACCAAGACUACUUCCCGGACCUCCGUGUCCGGUAGCGGCGCAGCGUCACCUGAAGACCGCGUAGGAGCGCCGGGUGGUCCACCAAGUGUACCUCCCCCCGUUCCUCUAGCUACUGCCACCAGCAUUGAUCGCCCACUGCCACCAAUACCCGCGGAACCCUCUCAACCGCCACCACCACCGCUCACUCGCCGUGAUUCCCAAGUCUCUCAAUCCUCAACCGUAUCGUCCGCAUCAGGAGCGCCUAGCACGGGCAGUGCAGUCGCGGCUGCGGUUGGCGCACAGGCGCCGACUCAGUCCGCCGCCGGAACAAGCGCACGCGGAGGUUUUGCACGGCAGGGCUCACUCAGCGCCACGCUUACCGAAGACGCGGAGGACACUAUGAAAAACUUGCGCAAGACUUUCGCAGGAAUAUUCGGAGAUAUGUAACACAGCAGCAGAUCUUUCCCGCCUCAGAUCACAUUGGGCGAAUAAAACCGACUCCGAUAACGGUUUUAAGUUUAAUUUGGCCUUUCGUAUGCUAACCUUUGUAAACAGCAUUACCGACGUAGUUUUCGUGAUCUGAUUUUGUAAAACGGCUUCAAUUGAGGAAGUAGAAAAAAAAUGAAUACGCCAGAUCGAGUUUCGUAACAAACUAAAGGCCCAUGUAAAAUCGAAAUUUUCGAAAUGAAGUCAAAAAUAUCCAACGUUAGAAUAAUUUCAUAAAGAGUCCAAAAUUUCUACUUCAAUGUUAACCAGAACUAAAAGUUGUUACUAGUUGAAUAAUUAAAAUCAAAUGUUUAUUUAUUUAUGUUCUUCCUACGAUCGUAAAUAUAGAGUAAAUUUGUACGUACCAGUAAUAAAGUUUACAAUUUGACAUAGACGCGAAGUCGUACUACAGAUUCCGUAAGAAUAGUUUAAAUGUAAUAUAAUGAUAGAUUUUUUACAAUAAGUUUAUUAUAAAAGUACGAAUCAACUGAGCUACAUUGUGAUCGAACCCGUUCGAUGCGUUGUGCGUCGCAACUCGCAUCUUGCACUCUAUAAAGUAGAGAGAACUAUUAAUACCUAUAUCUAAUGUAGCGAACUUGCUAAUUCUUUGUUAGUGUGCUAUUAAAACGUUCGUGGCACAUGAUAGUUUGAAGUAGUGUGUGGCACAUUUUUCUACAUAAUUUCAGAAUUGAUUUCAAUUUCAUGAUAUUGCUAGUGUUCUAUAUAAAGGCUUUGAAAUCGACGAUAUUUGAACUGGAAGACGGUAAUAGAUAAAAUUAAAGUAUUUCAUAAAACCAUGGUGUGAAAUGAAAAUGACGUGCUUUGAUAUUAACAAAAUAUUUAAGAUUUGUAAACACAACAUAAAUUUUAAAUCAAUAGAUAGACUUAUCCGCGAAAUACGAAGAAUAAUAUACACAGAAUUCAAAACUUGUUAACUUGUUAUUAAAUGUCGGAAUCAAUUGAACCCUGCACCCAAAAUUUUAGAAAAAAGUAACCGAUUAUUAUUUAUGUAUUGUUAAAUGAAUAUAACCAUUUUUACUCCAUACUAUUUAUACCUUUAAUCAAAUAUAUAUGUUACGAGCUGUGUUACCUCAGUAGGGACGGUCAGUGGACGUGGAAAAUCAUGGACGGAAUGAUAUAAGCAAUGCUAUUUAAGACAAUAUUGUUGAAAGCAAAAAUUUAUCCACAUUUUAUAUAUCUUAUUACUAGUUGUAUCUCGUAGCUAUAAGUAGUAUUGUUGUAUUUGUGUGUUUUCUUACGCAAUAUAUUUAGAGUCAUGCUUAGUCAUUAAUUUUAGUGACGGUUCGUUGUUUAACCGUAGCGAUAUCACAUUCUGAGAAGAGUUUAUUUUCUUAUUAAUUUUAAACAGGUAAUGUUUUUGAAACGUACCUUGUUUUGCACAGCGAAAACGUUUUGCGAAAGUUCGAGAGCUAAUGUUCGUGGCGUCAUAUCGAAGGAAACCUAUUUUGUUAUUGAAUCGUUAUCUUAUGUACUGCGCUUUGAUAGUAUAGAAACGAUUUUAUUAAAAUCAAUUUAAUAUUAAGCUUUAUAUAGCAAAUAUCAGUAGCUUAUUAAUAGAAACAUAUCCGAAUGUUUAAUUGAAAAACGUUUGACGGAUCGAACGAUUGCAUCACAUAAAACUCAAUAGUCAAUCAAUAAAAACAUAUUCAUUUAAAACCACUUCACUUGUUACAAUACAACGAAUAUAAUAUAUGUAUGCGUAGAGAUGUACGUUGCAAACGCUAGAAGGAAAUUAUAAUUGCUUAUAAUUCCUAUUCCUUUCGGAAUUCGGAUAACUCCCACACUGUUGGACGUAUAUGUAUUGUUAAAGCUUUGAUAUUAAACCGUACAUCCUAUAAUACUUAGAUUAUAUUUAUAUACGCACUCGUAGCAGAAUUUUAACACGAAUACUUUAGCUAUAAUUAAAUUAUGAAAUGCGCAAUUAGAUGACUAUAAUAAAAAUAUAUAAUGAUACCACGGUACGUUAAAUCAUUAAAUAUCGUUGAGUUUUUGAUGUAUCGACUAUAUUAAUUUUAUAUUAGACUGUUCUGCGUUUAUUAUAAUUAAGAUAUAUAAUAUAAACACUAAAUUUAAUGCUGUUGUUGUUGUUGCUAAACAAGUUAUACAAUGUAUACUUACUCAUAUGUAAUGUGGCCGUAAGAUUUGUCGCGAUCAAAUAUGGUUACAUAAUUGAUUAUGAAACGUCUUCGUAAAGACCUACCAGCGAGAAGAGAGCCCUAAUUUUUUCGUGAUAGUCUUCGGUCAGUAUGUAAUAGAGACAUGUGUGUCACGGUUUCUUAUCAUUUACGGUGACUUUCUUAACAUAUGCUAUUUAAAUUUAAGUUUUAUUUCAUAAGUAUAAAAAAUUGUUGUACUAAGGUAUAUUAUUAAAAAAAAAACAAUCCUUCCAAAAUUAUUUAAAACAUUUCUAUAUUAGUGUGUUUUUGCGCCAAUUAAACUUCUGACAGAAACAGACGAGACUAAUUAAUUGGUUGAUUCAAAUCUUUUUGAUACUUUUGUUACGUCUCAAGUGACAUCCAUGUCUACUCGAAUGUAAUAUUAUAAUGGAA